UCCUACCGAGGGAGGGAGCCAUGGGGAGAGUUGGAGGCUUUGUCCUGCCUCGGGUGGACAUUUUGUAUGGAAUGUUUUAUUGAGUCAGGGUCUCCUUGUGCAGCCCAGGCUGAACUCAAAGUCUUGAUCCCCUUGCCUCAGCCUUCUGGGACUUCAGGCAUUUGACCACACCAGGAUUGCCUUUUCCUCCUGGAAGGGUCCUUUCAUCUGUAAGGAGCUGGGAAGGGCCGAUGGCCACAGUCUCUUACCCUUGGAAGGAAGGGACCCUGCCUAUCAGGGAUGUUAGGACCCUGAUGCUCUGCAGCGCCCCCCCACCGUGGUGGGCACCGUAUUGCUCACUGUUGCUAUACGAGGGUGUGUCUGCUCAGUCCUUCCUCCACUGCUUCACACUGGCCAGUGCUGCCUUCAACCUGCAGGUGGCCACCCCUGGGGGGAAAGCCAUGGACUUCGUGGAUGUGACUGAGAGCAAUGCACGCUGGGUACAAGACUUCCGCCUCAAGGCUUAUGCCAGUCCUGCCAAGCUGGAAUCCAUUGACGGUGCCCGGUACCAUGCCCUCCUGAUCCCCAGUUGUCCCGGCGCCCUGGCUGACCUGGCCAGCAGUGGGUCCCUGGCCCGCAUCCUGCAGCACUUCCGCUCUGAGAGCAAGCCCAUCUGUGCCAUUGGCCACGGUGUUGCUGCCCUAUGCUGUGCCACCAGUGAGGACAGGGCUUGGGUGUUCACCGGCUACAGUCUGACAGGGCCCUCGGUGUACGAGCUUGUCAGAGCACCUGGCUUCGCCCACCUGCCGCUGGUGGUGGAGGACUUUGUGAAGGACUCUGGUGCUGGCUUCAGUGCCAGUGAACCUGAUGCUGUGCAUGUUGUGCUGGACCGCCACCUAGUCACUGGCCAGAAUGCCAACUCCACUGUCCCCGCCGUGCAGAACCUGCUCUUCCUCUGCAGCAGCCGGAAAUAAGCCUGCGGUGGAUGCUGCCCCUCAAGAUGGCCCCCCCAGAGGCCUCAUCUGCUGAUGCCCAAGGACUUUGCUGGUCCCCACAUGAAGAGGGGCCUUUUGCCCAUCCUAGACUCUUGGGACUGUUGGAGGCCUCCAGUGGUCAGCCCUGAGGUGUGUCAGCUCUCACAGAGGGGCUGAGCCCCCCAGGUUUCAUGCUGUUCUCUAGUGGAAAGUAGGGACAACUGGGUGCACAUCCAAUCAGGUUCUCAGAAUUCCAGGUUGAUCAUCCUGAGAGAA